AUGGCUUCUUCGAAAUGUUCUAUCGAUGGAUGUAAACGCAAUUCUGAUGCUCUAUGCGAUCAUUGUAAAAGUCAACUCUGUACUAAGCAUUUUAUUGAACAUGUGAAACUUGUAAACAAUGAACUCCCUGCUCUUUCCGAUGAGAUCAAUUCAAUCGUCGAUAAACUACAACAGCGUGAUCUUACUCGUUAUGUUUUCGAGCAAAUUGAGCAAUGGAGAGAGGAAAGUCAUCGACGUAUUGACGAAAUAUGUGAUGAGAAAAAACAACAGUUAAAAAUUGAAAUAGAUCAAAACAUAAAUAAUCACAUGAAGAAACUUCGUGAACUAGGUCAAGAAGUGAAAGAAUUGAUCGAUGAAGGAGAUGCUUCAUUUAAACAAAUUGAAAAUAUUAAGAACAGUAUUGAAAAAUGUGGAGAACAGUGUAAACAAUUCGAAAUAUCAGAUUAUUUUCGUUUGAACUUUAAAGCAGUCAAUUUCGAAAUCACAUUAUUGCAUCAUGAAUUAUUUACAGGUGGUGGCACACUUUUAUCAGUUGAACAUCAAUUGAAAUUGAAUGAAUUCUAUGGUAUAGAAGGACAAAAAUGGACAUUAGUUUACAAAGCAACACGAGAUGGCUUUUCUGGUUCUGAUUUUCAUCGAUGUUGUGAUAAUCAAGGUCCAACAAUAACUGUUAUUCGAUCGACAGAAGGUGGUUAUCUAUUUGGUGGAUAUACAUCUGUUUCUUGGAAUCCAGUAGAAAGUUAUGUUCAUGACUGUAAUGAUCCAUGUUUGUUCACAUUAAUUAAUCCACAUGAAAUUUCUCCAACUAAGUAUUCAGUACAAGUUCCAGUCUAUUCUAUCUAUGCCGGUACAAACUAUGGUCCAACAUUUGGCGGUGGUCACGAUUUGUAUGUUAGUAAUAAUAGUCAAACAAACAGAGACAACUACUUUAAUUUUCCUCAUUCGUAUACCGAUACAACAGAUCGAGGUGCAGUGACUUUUACUGGUGAAAAAAACUUUCAACCAAGCGAUAUCGAAGUGUAUCGACUAAUGCAAGCAUAG